AGAACUGGCUGCCUUUUUUUCAAUAUGAGCCACUGUUGUGUCAAGCUGUCGUGACCAACCGCAAUCCUCUGAAAGGGUGUACUAGAGAAAGCGCGUUUCCUGUUUGAAACUUGGACAAAAUUAUUCAUGUUUUGGGGGUUGUAGAGACAGACAUACAGACAGACGCUCCCGUGAAACGAAGAGGCCUGCCGUUUCGUUCACAGGUUUAGUCUUAGCUCAGUGCAGUAUGCAAUAGCAGAGAGCGUGCGCAGUCCAACAGGCAGAAGGUCCACUGAGAGAGUGAAGGAAAGCAUGGCGGUUUUCAAGCUGGAGAAUGUGGAGGACCUCUAUGAGAUUGGAGAAAUCCUGGGCAGCGGUCACUUUGGCCAGGUGCGCGAGGUCCGUGAGCGGGCCACGGGGACGCGCUGGGCAGGGAAGUUCCUGAAGCUGAGACGGAACGCCAGCAGCCGGCUGGGGCUGGAGAGGAAGAGUGUGGAGAGGGAGGUGGAGAUCCUGCAGGCCCUGCAGCACGGCAACAUCAUGGCCCUGCGAGACGUGUUCGAGAACAGAGCAGAGGUGGUGCUCAUUGUCGAGCUGAUCAGUGGCGGUGAGCUGUUUGACUUCAUUGCGGCUAAGGAGAGUCUCACAGAGAGUGAGGCCAUUGAAUUUAUUGAACAGAUCCUGCAGGGGCUGGGCUACAUGCACAGCAAGAACAUUGCGCAUUUCGACCUGAAGCCAGAGAACAUCAUGCUGUCAGACAAGGAGUCACCUCUACCUGACAUCAAGAUCAUUGACUUUGGGCUGGCCCAACGCCUUACACAGGGGGAGGAGUACAGGAGCAUGUGUGGCACCCCCCAGUACAUUGCCCCUGAAGUGAUCAACUAUACGCCACUGAGUGUAGCAACCGACAUGUGGAGCAUUGGUGUUAUCACCUAUAUACUGCUGAGUGGCAUGUCCCCCUUCCAAGGGGACACAGAUGAGGAGACGCUAAAAAACAUUGUGGAGAUGAACUAUGAAUUUGAGGACCGUCAUUUCAAGCAGACCACUGCAAUGGCCAAAGACUUUAUUCAGAAACUACUGGUGAAAGAGCAAAGUGAGAGAAUGACCGCAGAGGAGUGCCUACUCCAUCCCUGGAUCAAGCCCCUCACGAAAAAGCAAGCUGCCAACAGGAAACGCUCCUCCAUCAACAUGAGGAACUUCAAGAAGUUCAACGCCAGGAGGAAGUGGAAGAUGUCCUACAACAUGGUGUCGGCAUGUACCCACCUGUCCCGCAUGCAGCUGCUCUGCAAAACACGAGUUACUGAGAAUCAAGAGCUGAGACAGUGUGAAAGCGACCAGGAGGACACAGAAACCAGCCGGGCCUCCCUAAUGCGCCGUAGACUCAGCAGCAGUUCAUAAAGUCAGCCACUAGAGGGAGCAAAAGACAAAGGCUGGACUCCUUCUCGCUGACACCUUGCCUGAGGAAAACACAGUCUGACACUGAGAAGCUUAUGAGCAGUGGACCAUUAUAAUGUACCACAGCUUAAAUAAUUAUGCAUGAGACAGUUCAGUGGAACCCAGUCCUACCUUUGCUAUGUUCACAGUUGAAAUCAUAUUUGUAAAGACACUUUGUCAUGUUUAACAGCUUACAUCUAAGUCAGAACUCUAGGGAUCAAGUCAGGUUUGUUUAUUAAUUUAAAUGUUGAAAUUGGGAAAAAAAAACAGAAUUCUCAGAACUGUUGCCCCUCGAAACUCCCUUUAACAUCA